GUCUCCUCUUGAAUGCUAGGAUUCCUCAUCCAACGACCGCCAAACGAGGCCAGGUGCUGGCCCUAGAGUGCAUUCAUGUGCAAAUUUGAGCUUGGCUCUCGCAUUCGGCGCCUUUAGAUGGUUCGGAACCCAAUCGCUCCGUCCUCCACCUCGCCUCGCGCACUUUGACUCCAUCGACCCGACUCGCGACAUUUGACGCAGAGACACACCAUCUGCUGGUCUCCUUGCAUCUCGAAACGAUUCCUCUUAAUACUAUAAACACCAACAUCAUGGCGCCGCCGGCGCCAAACCCCAAGAACCCCACGGGGCGCAAAAGAGGGCGGCCAAAGGGGUCGACCAACGCUGCCAGGGCAGCCAGGUUGGCUGCUGAAGCUGCUGCCGGACAUCCUGUCCAACCCAAGAAACGACAACGAUAUAUCCCCGGCGGGCCUGGCGGUGGAGGGCGCUUCGUCGACGCUGAUGCGCCGGACGCGCCCCCGAGCUCGUCGAGAGUUCGCAAGGUGAACCGCGACAUCUCCUACGCACUUCCUUCGCCUGCGCUGCCGCGACGAGAGCGCAGCACGAGGACACGCUCUUCAGCUGCUGAAGACUCUGAAGAAUGGGGUUCCGCUGCUGCAAUGGCUGCCUCAGUAAAGCAGGCCGAGGAUUAUAAACCGCGCGAAGAACGAAGCUGGGAAGAAUUUCACCCGAAUCUCGACAUUGAUAAACCAUUUCUUAUUUUUGCCGCCGACGAAGUUGAUGGCAUAAUUGCAGAAGGGCCAUCGACGCCUUCCCGACAAACUCCUAGCACCCCUGCGCAUGGUUCAAUGACACCAUCGCAGCAGCCUGACACGGCCACCGGUACCGAUCUCUCGACUCUCCACACUCUUCAAGAAAACACAGGCACAGAUUCACAGCCCAUGACUCCUUCGAGACGAUCGCGGCGAGCAACGCGUGACGUGGUGACGUUCUAUGGGAUCAAGCCACUUGCGCCUGUUUCCACACCACGCGCUCCAAAGAUACUUCCUAUACAACAUCAAACGCCGAAAGAAAAGCUAGACUUGAAGCUACCUGCAUUCAGAAGGACAAACCGAGUAGAGAAUUUUGAGAAGAAACACUCUGAUCAAGCACGCUACGUCGAUAAAGCCAUGAGCAACGUCGGCUACCAAGAGGGUGACAACUUUGACAGACCUGAAACGACGCUUAUUCGGUCCCUUGAUGCUACAUUUGAAGAGGAUCAGGAUGCGUCGCCGUCUCAAAACGAAGAAAACACGCAGCUGUCCAAGUUUGGCCGUGUCGAGUACGACAUGGACGAACAGGACGACAAGUGGCUAGAACAAUACAAUGUACAGCGCAAGAAGGAUGGGCUUGAAGAAAUCACUAAAGAAGUAUUUGAGAUCACCAUUACGAAAAUCGAAAAGGAAUGGCACGCUUUGGAGAAGCGCAUUCCAAAGCCAAACCCCAAGCCUCCCCAAACUCAUCGCCCAAGGUCCAGCUCAGCGGCAGCCGUAAAUGGCGAGCAGCAAGUGGGCGACGAGCCGGACAGCAAAUGCGCCAUAUGCGACGAUGGGGAUUGUGAAAAUACCAACGCGAUUGUCUUUUGUGACGGCUGUAAUCUGGCUGUCCACCAAGAAUGCUACGGCGUACCGUUUAUUCCCGAGGGCCAAUGGCUCUGUAGGAAGUGUCAGCUCUGUGGUCGUGGCAUACCAACGUGCGUCUUCUGUCCCAACACAGAUGGUGCCUUCAAGCAGACGACUUCAUCCAAGUGGGCUCACUUGCUGUGCUCCAUGUGGAUUCCGGAAAUCUCGCUCGGCAAUCACACAUUUAUGGAGCCUGUAAUGGACGUUGAGAAGGUGCCUAAGACUAGGUGGAAGCUCAAUUGCUACAUAUGCCGGCAAAAGAUGGGAGCUUGCAUUCAGUGCAGCAACAAGAACUGCUACCAGGCCUUCCACGUCACUUGCGCGCGCCGAUCGCGACUUUACCUUAAGAUGAAGACUAGCCACGGCGCGCUUGCGGUUCUCGACGGCACCAUGAUUUUGAAGGCGUUUUGUGACAAGCACUGCCCGCCAGACUAUACCAUAGAAAACAAUGUGGCUCAGGCGACGCGGUCAUCCAAGAAGUUUUAUAAGAGGAACAUGAAGGGGCGUAUUUGGGCUGAGAAUCACACCGUUGCUAAUAUGCUUGCUGCCCAGCACAGGAUAUCGCUCACCGAGACCCAAGAACGGACCGAGGAUGAAACGGGUAUCAAAGACGAUGAGCCGCCUAAAAAUAUGUGGAAGCUCCCGUCUGGAGCUCCGAUUAUACCGAAUGCAGUGUUUGAGGUGGUCGAGAGCGCAAUCCAGAGAUUCCCCUUCCGGAAGCGCAAGGACUUUCUGAGUGAGGCGUGCCGUUACUGGACAUUGAAGCGCGAGGCACGUAGGGGUGCCGCGCUUCUCAAACGGCUGCAGCUUCAGAUGGAAUCGUUUACGUCAAUGGAGCUUACUCGCCGCGACUUCUCCUCUAUGGGUCCUAGCGGCAAGUCGCGCUUGGCACGCCGCAUUGAGUUUGCCAAGAAGCUUCUUGAAGAUUUGGAGCAGCUCAAGACAAUAUCUGAGCAAGUCGUUCAGCGAGAGGAGCUUCAAGUGGAUGCCGCGGAGCUUGAACAGGACUUUGUGGAUGAGUGCUACUUCCCCAUUGCGCAGCAUCUGACCAACGCCAUUGACAAGGCCAUAUCGCUGGACAAGGAGCUCUUUGAAAAGGAUCUCCAAAAAGUUGAGCAAAACGUUGCCGCAAGGUUCUAUCCCACCGCUCUGCCAUUUGCGCAAGCGCUGGCCACGGCUAUCCAAUCGGGGAUCUCGUCACCACCGGACAAGGUCGCUAUCGCCGCCCAGCUUUCCGAAAGUGUAGAGGAGUCGCCUGCCAAGGGCACAUUUGCAGAUAUUCGGGAGCGUCGCAAGCUGGGCAAGCGGAUCAUGAAGGCCGUGCAGCCGUAUCUAGAAUCAGCAUUACGCAUUGAGGCAGAUGUCUCACACAAGUCAUAUGAUGCGCUCAUCAGCGAGCUAGAAGCUAUUAUGGAGGCUGCUGUGGACGGGUCCAAAGCUGUCGAGACAACAUCAAAGACGGAAGAGGACGAUGCUGUAAUGACGGAUGCGCCAGCGGUGGACGGUAACGACGCAAUGGAAAUUAGCCACGAUGUGGAAGACUCCAUUGUUGUCGCAAGCCCGCGCAAAGGCAAGACGAGACGCAGCACUAAGGGCAGCGGCGACUCGUCAGCAACGCCACCAGACAGCGAAGCAUUCUCGGCCAUGAACCGAUCCAAUCAGGGCAUACCACCGACACCGCCACAAUCAAACGGCAGUCUGGGCAAAGACCCGGCAGAUCCUCUAACGGAAGGCGGCAUCAUUUGGUAUCUAAAAGACUUUGAGCCAGUUGGCACGUCUGUAUUCAACUCUGAAGUUGUGGUCGAAGGUCACAGCGGCAAGAUUGCCAAGGACGAGCUCUCUGAGAUGGAGGAAGAUGCGCUUGAGGAAGGACAAGACGACGACGAUGACGACAAUGGCAGAGAUACCAGCAGAGCAGCUGCUGCCAAGUCGAAAAAAGCUAAACCGGCGUCUAGCCAUAGCCGUCGAACGUCCACAAAUAACCGUCGAGCUUCGACACGAAAGAGGUAGACGGAUGUACUGAGGGGUUGGUGUAUUGCAAUGUAUAACACGAUGACAUGGAGGUGGUAGAGUACCACGGACCUUCUACACACUACGGAUUUGUUUUCCACAUUUUCUUUUUUUUGUUUCUUCUCUCUCUACCUCUCACCCUUUUUUCUUUUUAUAUUCAGUGCGUUGAAACGGGAGCGGCGGGCUUGGCGUUGCAUGUAGCGACAUUGAUUUGUUUUGUAGGGUCUUUCUUGGUCCUAUUUUGCUUGUACGACAAGGCAGGACAGCGAGCUGCAUAAUGGUGCUUUAUUCUUUCCUGAUUUCUUUGCAGAUCUGCACUAGUUUUUGUCUCUUUUUUCGUGUUUCGGACCGUGGAUUGCAUCUAGCUUACAUUAUAUCCCGUGAGGCAACCAUAUAGUGAGCAAUACAUUUGUCUUUUUGCAAUUUUCUUAUCGUAUUCCUUGUAUUGUGAACACUGGCUGUUCGUGUAAGCCGUAGAAAUUGUAUAUAGCAGUCAUGUGACAGAGAACGGCAGCAUGUCCCCCACGGGUUGCGGAACUGGGGGUUUACGAGGAGCAUUGGCCAACGUGGUGGAGCAGCAGUGGCGGCAGUUUGUUCUAUUUACAGGCUCUCUGCACAGUUGUGUACGUGCGUGCAUACAUACAAGCAGCAGCAGCAGCAGCAUAUUGUUCGUAUGCACUGGAGCUAUUGUAUGGUCGCGAGCCUUGUUUGACACUAUGCGCUGGCGGGGUGGCUCUCCGCCUCAACCAAGGCACAAGUGUGCCCUACAAACAAGCGUUAAUGCAAGGGGGCACCAGGCUUUUCGGGGCUGGGUUAGGGCCAUAACGAAAGGAUACCGCUUGUCUGGGAACGGGGUUUUUUUUGGUGUGCGCUCUUUUUUUGCUUUUGGCUCCGAUUGAUGCAUUUUGACAGAAGCCGGAGAGGGGGGGGAGAGCCUGGAUCACGAGCUGAGGGUGUGGAAAGGUGCGAACAAAGCGUACGGCGCAUAGCAUAGUGCACAGUCAGAUGAAACUGGUACCGUGUGGAGGGCGUAAGUCGGCCAAUGAAGAGUUCGA